UUAAAAAUUUUGUUUAUGCUGGAAAAUCAUUCAAUAAUCUUUAAAUCAUCACAGAAAAUUAAAAUAAAUUCAGAACCACCUGCUAAUUAAGCGACAAGCAUUACUCAAGUAACAAAAUAAACAUGGCUUCUUUCGGUAAAAGAAUAGAGGAUUACGAAGUCCACAGUUUGUUAGGUAAAGGUGGCUUUGCGUCCGUGUAUCGCGCUAGAUGCCUAAAAACCAACACAGAUGUUGCAAUUAAAAUGAUAGAUAAAAAGCUCAUGCAAGCGACUGGAAUGGUGCACCGCGUUAAGCAGGAAGUAUCAAUUCACUCCAGAUUGAAACACCCAUCUAUUUUAGAGUUAUAUGAAUGUUUCGAAGAUAUAAAUUAUGUAUAUUUGGUUUUGGAGCUCUGCCAUAAAGGAGAACUUCAAAAAUACGUAAAAGACAAGCAUCUUUCUGAAGCAGAGGUUAGUAGCAUCAUGCAACAAGUGGUGGAAGGAAUAAAAUAUCUUCACUCGUAUAAAAUCUUACAUAGGGAUUUAUCUCUAUCAAAUUUACUUUUAACAAGAGAUAUGCAAGUGAAAAUAGGAGACUUCGGAUUAGCUACCCAGCUAUCUAAACCUGAUGAAAAACAUUUAACCAUGUGUGGAACCCCUAAUUUUAUUUCCCCAGAAGUGGCUUCUCGAGGAUCGCAUGGACUAGAAGCCGACGUAUGGGGUUUAGGAUGUCUUUUAUACACCCUUUUAGUGGGUUCACCACCCUUCGACACGCCUGCUAUAAAGAGCACCCUUACAAAGGUCGUGAUGUCGAACUAUACUUUACCCAGCCAUUUAUCUCCCGAAGCAAAGGAUCUCAUAAAUUGCUUGUUGCAAAAGAACCCUAAGGAUCGCAUGAAGCUGGAGCAAAUAUUAGAACACCCUUUCAUCAAAAGAGGCCGGAUAAUGUCGUCUCAUUUAACCCACGACAGCGGGAUUCACACGAUGUCGAGUAAGAGGGACAGUACUUUCGGAGACAGUACGUCACUUCCUUACUAUCAAACCGGCUGCAGUUCAAAUCCCCGUUUAAGAAAAACCAGCAGCGAUUGCGCACCUUUGCCGAACAAUUACGGAACAACCCCUCAGUUUUGCCAAGAUAUGGAAAGACUGAGAGUUCACGAUUGCAGGCCAAAGGAGCAACAUUCGAGAUGCUGUUCGCAGAUAUCCAAUUGCUGUCACGAGGAAUUGAAAAGGUCUUGCUGUAGCGGAACUGAAGGCAGGGUAAGAAGUACCCACGAAUACUGCACGCCAGUCGAUCCGGGAGGGUACAGUUACAAUCAGCCAGUUCAUUCCCAUCACACGGACGUCCCCUUCAGUGAAUUAAACGAUAAUGUUGCCAAGCACCAGCACUCCGGAGGCCAUUGUAGGUCUCGCCACGAAUCGGACAAUUUCUGCAAACAGGAAAACUAUCCUCUAAGAUUUGAAGGCGCCAAAAAAUCACUGACGCCUCUGUGCUCGGAGCGUUUGUUGCCCACCAGGCAUCGGACCAAGAACGCUACCCUUAGCAUUCUCAAAGACGGCGAAGUGUGCAUCGAGUUUAUCAAGAAGAGGGGCAAUCCGAAGAGGGACUACGUUUGCGAGGUGAUGAGAAUAUCUCCGGACGGACUGAGGAUCCUCCUUUACGACAUUGAUGGUGGUAAGGGGGUUCCGUUGGAAGAUGAACCGGUGUCGUUGCCAGUGCAAGGGGCUGAUAAAAUUUACGGAUUGGAGAAUUUGCCGGAGAAGCACUGGAGGAAAUACACGUACGCUGUUAAAUUUGUGGACCUUGUGAGAGCGAAGACGCCUAAAGUGACUUAUUACACGGAUAAAGCGAAAUGCUUUUUAAUGGAAAACCUAACAGACUUUGAAGCCUGUUUUUAUGAUGGUGGUAAAGUAACUAAAUCGGCUACUGAUGGUAUCACAUUCAUUGACGCUUCAGGAAAUAAAUACAAUUUCAUUAAUCAAAAUGAAUGCUCUACAUUAAACAGUACGUUAGAUUUGAUGUGGAUUCACACUCAAGACGCAUUCGAUUAUUGUGUGUUGUUGGAGAAGACCCUGUCGACCUUACCUCGAUCUUCGUUUCCUGUUAUAAUCGGCCGGAAACCUUCGUUAUGCUCCCCGGGAUCAUUGGGAAAAGAGAAUCAACCGAGAGUUGUGCCUUCAUUCGCUUUAUCCUACAACGGUACAAACGUUGCAUCUACUUUUGGAAAUGCCUCAAAUGUUAAAGAGAAGAAGGUAAAUGUGCCCGGGGUAGGUACUGCUUUCCAGUUAUCCAAUGGAGAAAUACAAGUGAACUUCCCAGACGGAUCGAGAUUGUGGGUGGAUGGUAAACAUCAUAUACGUUUUCAAUACUCCGAUGGUCAUGUAUCAAAUUACACGGACAACGAAGUUAUUCCAAGGGUUAUUACGGAGAAACUGCAGCACAUGCCUAAAGUUUUAAGAUGUUUAAUUCCGACUUCGGUUACACAAAAAAUUGUUAAUUUAAGAUAAUGUUAGAUGAAAAAGUGUUCAUAAAAAAAUCGGUAAGCGCAUAAAUGACAAUAAAUUAUUUUUUUAAAGGUUACGAUACGCGUUACUGUUCUUCGUCGACUUCUAAAUUAAUGUGGCUUCCGAAUUUCCCGUACAGGUGCGACUUGAGGUCGCCCAUGUUCUCUUUAACGCCGUCGGCCUUCGAUUUCAAAUCUUUAAUUUCUUCUUCGAUCUUCGUUUUGGUUUCGUCCAAGCACUUCUCGGUUUUCUCCACGUUUUGAUAGAUAAAUACCUCGCCUACCAGGUAGGGAAUCUGCUCGUCGCUGUCCAUUAAUUCGAUUUCGUUGCAAGCGUCUUCAAUGUUCAUCAGGUCGUUCUCUUUGAAUUUGAUUUGGUCCUUGUAGUCUUCCAGCUUGGCGUUUAGCCGGGCGAAUUUGUUGAUUUUUUGUUGAUCCUCGUAGGUGAUGUGUACAUCUGAUUCGGGUUGAAACGUACCCUUACUCGAGGAAGUCAUUUUUUCUUUCGAUAAAUUGCAAAACAAAUCAAAAUGAAAAUUCUAAAAAUUAGGUUAGGUUGAGGUUGAG